AUGUGUGAUAAUACCAAUCCUUCAACGCAAAGUAUAGCGGACUACUUGGCUCAGUUGCUCAAAGACAGGAAGCAACUCGCUGCGUUCCCGAAUGUUUUCAUGCACAUGGAGCGACUUUUAGAUGAAGAUGUUAGCGCCCACAACGAUGACCAAAUGAGGGUAGCCGUGGGCAGCGUGGAGGUGUGGAAGCCAAGGCUGUUCCAGUCGUUUUUCAACACGUGA